AUAGCAAUUCAGCUUGGCAAAUGAAUGAAAAUGGCGGCCAUUCCGACGGAAGUGUUAUGAAAUGGCAUGAGACCUUUAAUAUUCUAUAGCCAGCAAACAACAGCGCUAAAACAUAACUGGGAAUGGUAGCUUGGUCACUCUACUAUGCUCAUGGUACGAAUUUAGUCGGAUUUUCCUUUGGGAGGAGGAGAAAACUAUUCUAAAUGUCAGCUGAGACUGAACACAAUGACUGGGACUGGAGAACCCUAUGUCAAGAUUUCAUGAUUGAUAUACAUGUUCCGGUGCUUGAGAGAGUUAAGGAGGAACAGUACGGUGAUGAGGUUAAACAGUUUAUCACAGAGUAUCUUGAGCCAGUAUUGGCUCUUCUUCGCGAUGUCAAACAGUCUGCAGAGGACUAUUUUUCUACUGGUGAGAAAUCAGAAGAUGCAUGGGUGCCUUACUAUGAAAAGUUUGUGCAAACAGUUAUCCACAUAAACAAAAUGAACACUGAACUUCACAAGGGAGACUUCUACAUUCACCUAAGUUCUGUCAUUCCUGGACAGAUGAUAAUUAAGUACUAUGAUUCUGGAGGGACACAAUCACUGCCGAUUGACAAGGCAGACUUGAGAAACAUCUGGGCCAAAGACUGGACAGACAGAUUAAGGAUAGAAAUGAAUGGGAGAUUUUUAUUUUUGAACUGUGUGGUGACAUUAAAAAAUGGGAAAGAGGAGAGACGGCCAUGGAGAUAUUUAAUGUCUGCAACAAGAAAUGUCAGCUACAAGCAGUACAGAGCUAUCGAAAAGGAUGACAGUUUGGAGGCAAAUUGCAGAGUUAGCAGGCAAUCCCUGUUUCUUGAGAAACCGCUGAACAUAUUUGACAUCAAUUUUGAAUUACUUCACACUGGAGUUGCUUCUCUGACAGGCAGUAAAGACAAGCGAGGGGGGCACAUUCUCCUGAUUGACGCGUCCAGACCUGACUGGAAUAAUGUCAAGUACAGCAGUAUAGAACUAGCAAGAAUUCUGAUGUACUUCAACACCAUUCUCAAAAAAGACAGUCAAAAACUCGGCUUUUCGGCAAUACUAGAUGCAAGAAAAUCUGGGGUGAAAAGGAGGGCUAUUGAAGAUAUUACAGAAGCAUUGAUAUGUUUUCAGGAGAGUUGUCCAGGGGCAUUACACAUCGUCUACAUCGUUGCCAGGAAAGACUCGCCACUACUCAUGUUCAGCACCACGAAAAUCAAGGAGCAGCUCAACUUUGAGUUCAAGCUUAUCACGACCGUACAAGAUCUAAAGAAGUACUUCGAUGCUGAUCAACUAACGCCGGAAUUCAACGGAACUUUUCACUACGACCAUGACGACUGGAUUAGAUUUAGAAUAAAGCUCGAGCCGUUCAUGACCGGAUGCCGUAGUGCGGCCAAGCUUGCAAUGGGCGUGAUGCAUCAGUUCACUAACACCAAGCUAGGAGAUAGCGUGCCCGAGUGCAAAAUCUUGCUGGAACAGCACCAGCAGAAGGUCAAGGAGGUGUUUGAGGACAGUAGGCUGUCGGCGUUACAAGUAGAAGGGGAGCAGAUACUUAUAAGGUUGCAUGAAGAACAAAACAAUGCACCCAAAACGGAGGAUUAUAAGGACACAGUGAAGUGCGUAGAAAACCUCUACCACCAGAUGAACGAAGUGUUCUGCAAGCUCGAGAUGCUGACGGAUAACAGGACCAAAAAACUCGAGCAGUGCCUGCAACUUAGGGAGUUUGAAGAGUCGACGGAUAAGGUACUAUCUUGGAUCCGCACUGAAGGGGAAUCCUUUCUCAGCAAGCACACGGAACUCGGAGACUCGAUUGGACACGUGACCUCAUUAAAAGAAGACUUCGACGCAUUUGAGACCGUUGCUAAGUCCUACUGUGACCAGACAGAAAACUUACUAGCGGAGGGUCGGUCGUUAUACGAAGGUGGUCACUACGAAGGUGUUGGUUUAAAGGAGCGCUGUAGAGUAUUGGAGGAGGUGUGCAAAAGAUUCGUGAGGAGCCUGGAAAUGAGGAAACAGGUGCUGGCCUCGUGCAUGGAGUUCCACACCCUGGUGGAGGAGGCAUCCGAAUGGGCGAUCAGCACACUGAGACAAAUGGCCCUGAUGAACAUGGAGGAGAUCCUAUCCCUGGAGGGCGUUGCAGCCUUGCGGGGGAAGCUCCAGAGUUACCUGGCAGAUAGCCCGGCAUGGCAGGACAGUAGGUUGCACCGGAUAUCCGAGAUCGCAACCAACGUCGGCCAUGAGCGGAUGAUCCGGCAGGCGGAGGGGAUUCUAACGAGGUAUAAAGAGGUGGAAGACAUGUUGGAGCAGAGGCAGGGCACGCUUGCACGUGCGGAGGAGAGAUUACAGGGUCACCCUUCCAGUGAAAUAUCCAGUACUGUCACGGGUGGUAGUGACGAAUCCGGCUCCACCCCUCCCCAGGAUGGGGACGAGAGCGAUCUCUACCCAGAGAGCGAUGACGACAUAGACUCCUCCCUCCUGAGUGUUGAGGGACUGGACCUCAAACCCAAACGCAAGAUCUCUGAUGAUAAGAUGUACUCGUGGAAGGAGGUCAGCGGCAUACAACAUCAACCGCUUGAAAGCGUCGAGGAAGAGGAAGUACUAUCUCCGCGAGUCCAAGAAAAACUGUCAUACAUUGUGACGGAGAUGAUUGAGACGGAAAGAGAUUACGUUAAGUCGCUAGACUACAUCGUGGAGAAUUACAUCUCUCAGAUGGACAACCCAGAUCUGCUUCCAUCGCUAAAAGGGAAGAAGAAUAUCCUUUUUGGGAACAUCGAGAGGCUCAGCGACUUCCACAAAGGCUCUUUUCUCCGUGAAUUGGAGAAUUGCAAGGAACGACCUCUCCAAAUUGGGAGCUGUUUUCUAAAAUGGGAGCGUCAGUUUUACCUUUAUGCUCUUUACAACAUGAACAAACCUCGCUCGGACCAGCUUCUAUCCGACCAUGGCAAUGCCUACUUUCGGAUAUGCCAGAAGGAGCUUGGUGACAAGCUUGACCUCGGUAGCUACCUUAUGAAGCCUGUUCAGCGCAUGUGCAAGUAUGGUCUUUUGCUGAGGGACAUGAUUAAAGUUUAUGGCGGAUCAACACGGGUUUCGGAGCUCAAGGCCGCCGAGGAGAUGGUCAAGUUUCAGCUGCGACAUGGCAAUGAUCUUCUCGCUAUGGAUUCUCUUAGAGCCUGCGAUAUCAAUGUGAAGGAGCAAGGUCGACUGUUACGGCAAGAUAACUUCAUCGUGUGGCACGCCAAGAAGAAGACCCGUCGUCGCGUGUUCCUGUUCGAGGACUUGGUCCUUUUUAGUAAGGCCAAGAAACAAGCAGGGGGUGUGGACCUUUACUUCUACAAGCACUCCCUUAAGACCGCUGACAUCGGUUUGACGGAGUCUGUGGGCGACAGUGGGCUGCAGUUUGAGCUAUGGUUCAGACGUCGCAAGAUCGGAGAAACUUACAUAUUGCAACCGUCUUCAGUGGAAGUCAAACACGCCUGGCUGUCGGAAAUCACCAAGAUCCUUUGGAAACAAGCGAUGAGGAACAAAGAGUACGGACUGACUGAAGCGUCCACGGGAAUUAGUGUCGGAAGCCAACCAUCCUUCCUCGUACCCAGUACCCGCUCGGACGACAUCUCGGCGUACCAGCCCAACACAACAACCACACCCUAUCACGGCAAGUACCUUCGUAGCUCGCGCUCCGUCAGCCCCAAGCGCUUGUCCGCCGUGUCAACAUCCUCCUGCGCCACUAGUGGGGCGUGUCUUACGGACGACGAGGGGGGUAACUCGGGACAUCAAUCCCGCAUGCGUCCCGUUUCAACUAUCGAGGAACGGAACACUGCAACUCGCGAUAUUAGGAGUGUGAAAUCGAGCGAGGAUUUACCAUCAAAGGUAAAGUCUACUAAAGACAAGGAGAAAUCGGAAAAGCACGAUAAACAAGAUAAACAUGAAAAACGGGACAAACAGAAUAAGUCGCCGGUCGCGAAUGACGAAAAGAGGCCGAACUUUUUCCGAAGUCUUUCGGGGUUUUCGCUGAGAGAUCGGUCGCAUUUGGAUCGCGAUACGAAUAAGGACAAAAAUAAACACGCGAACGAGAGUUUCGGGGGCGUGCAUAUUCGACGCUCGCUAAGGGAUAGGGACUCUGAGGUAGCGAAUCGUAGGAAAUCGUGGAUGGAGCGUAUCACACAUAAAGGACACGACGAGCGUGAAAAGGAGAAGGAGAAAGUCCGUCGGCGGAGUCUGGUGGAGACUCGGACGGUGUCGCUUGACGAAACGGUGUCGGACUUGAGUAAAGAGGAGACGAAGAGAACGAAAAAGAUCAGCAAGAAACCGACUGAGGAACCAAAGACAUGUAGCUCCCUUGAUACCGUCCGCGCUUGUCGUUCCCAGGAGGACUUGCGUGCUUAUAGCCCCCAUGGGGACUUGAGCGCGUUUAUCCCCCAUGGGGACUUGCGCGCAGCAAGUAACCUAGACCAGACCAAUGCUAGUGCCCAUAAUACUUUGCGCGAUGUCAGCGAUGAGUUGGCCAAACAACAAAGCACUAAACUCUAAACCUUCUCAAGUCGUAAACAAAUUAAAUAAAGGUAUAACGACUACCUGACACAAAUCUAAUGGUGUGUAUUAGUGUUAGACUUCUACUACUAAACUUAGAACAAGCGGGAAUCUUCCGACUCAGAAAACUAUAACGGGAUGGGUCUCCGAGUGUGCCGAUUACGAGCCGAUGUCGUGUUCGGGAAUACAACGGUACAGCGGUAAUGAUGGAUACUCGCGGGCGUCGUCAUGAAGAUUUGGGUCAGCCGGAGACGACCCGAUGGCAUUCGGCAAAAGUUCGACGGCAACAAAGAACCUUUAUUGGAUCCAAGCAUGAACCGAAGUCUUUCGGUUACGUCUUGCUGGAAGUCAUAGAAAAUUUUAAGUAGGAUAGACUCGGCAACCUUCUCUCGCCAUUAGAGCUGUUCCAAUUUGUCCUUGAAACGCACUAUGGGAGUUGUGUACAGAAACUACUUAUAAUUGAUUAAAAUUUGAUAUUGUUUGUGCGUGAUACGCCAGUGUUCCACGGAUUAACUGAAACAGCCCUAUUCCCUCGACUUUAGGUUUACAUUUUCGUUGUUUUACCUCUAGACGUGACGUUUUCUUCUGGUGUCUUUUCCGUGAAAAGUGUGGAAUAUAUAAUGUGAUAUAGACUGGUUUUCUUCAACCCAUGAGAUAUAUGCCUCUUAACCUGGCGCCGAUUCCUUAGUUAUCAGUUGUUAUCCCUUGAUUGAUUGAAUAAAAAAAAGCUAUUGUAGGCCCUUCUUCCUCUCUCACCAUCACGCUUCGACUCUGGGUCUAAUGAAAACCACUCUAGUGGCCCUCUAACGUUUCUCAAUUUUUGUCCAGUGCUCGGGCAGAUAUAAUUUUAGAUAAAAUAACAUAUUGUAUAUUUGAGAAAUAUCGACAACCAAUACAAAACUUCCAGAUUAGGGUUUUAUUUUCCUACUUUCACUAAAUCCACUAAAGCAAAGAGUGACUGCUGAUUUAACGACACAGAAUGUUCUGAUUAGAGAAUAGGUUAUUUGAAUAUGGGGAAAACUUGCAGUCAGUUGUAGGAAAGUUUUCAAGGAAUUUUGUAGGAUUUUGCUUUUGCUAUUUUCUUUUAGUUGAUUGAUGCGUUCCAUGCAGAAUAUUUAUUACAAUGUUUUGUAAUGUAAUAUUUUACGAUAUCUCUAGUAUUUUAGAUUUUGUAAUACGCCGCGGUAAUCAGCAAGACUCUGAGCCGACUUGUGUGACGAACUGUUACAAACCUUUUAGUGCUGCAAUAAAUAUAUAAAUAUAAUACAGGGAGAUGUACAUUUCAGUGGCCGACUAGCUAAAUCUGUUGUGAAUUACAUCAUCAAUCCUGCGAUAAACACGGCUCCAUUCUAUUGUUACAGCCUACAAUAGUCAAUGGAUGAUCAUAUUUUACAGAACCAUACGAUAUUUAAAUUCAAAUAAAACAGGAACAAAAGUUUUAUAUAAGUCGGCUCUAAGUCUGUAAGACAAGCCACGGUUGUUAGCAAUUUUUAAAAGGAAAAGCAAUAAAUAUUUAAAUGACAGCUGCUACAAUAACCGUGAUAAAAGAAGGGAUAAGAAUUAGUAAAACCGAUAGCAUCAACAAGCCAACAUCCUUACAGUAAAGAGGAAAAUUUCCGCGCUUUUUUUAUCUUCGAACUUUUCGUCUAGAUUGGCUUUGACCAAAUAUGAAACUGCGGCAGAAAUUAAGAGUAUUGUAAAUACAUUUUUUCAAAUCGACUAUUUCUGCGUGCAAAAAUCUAUACGUUUACUAAGUUUAAAAUAUCUUUUCCUAAACCCAGUAAAUAGUUAUAGGAUUAGAUAGAACGGUUCACAGUUGAUUGCGGAAUUAUAUAAUAUUAGAAUGGUGAUUUAAUAAAAAAAGGAUUACUUUC